AGGCUUACGAGUUCGUGAAACAGCGCCCUGCCUGUCAUACCAUGGACAAUGAUCUGCAGCUGAUGCGCACGGGAAUGGAAUACAUGAUGAAACUCCUUGAUGACAAUUCCUAUGAACGAAAGCAGAUGCUAUAUGCCAUCAAGGUGAUUGAUCUGACCAAUCUGGGGCGGGAGACGCUACCCAUCUUCGUGCCGGAGAUUCGGAAGUUCGCGCAAGAGAAUGGAAAACAGAUGAUGGAGAUGUAUUGCGAUCAAGACAUUCUGAUUCUGAUGCUCAAUGCUCCCUUCAUCGUCCGCCUGGUCCUGGCCUUUGCCACCACCAUCAUGUCGAAACGACAGUCCAAUCGCAUCAAGACGUUUUCUUCUGCCACCAGCGCGGAUGCGCAGAAGAUUUUGCGCGCCAUCGGGCCUCCCAGCAUGUUCCCAGCUAGCCUUGGAGGCACACGGAAGGAGCGCAGCAUUCCUUUCUACUUCCCCUUGGCGCAGGAUGAUCCACAGAGGAUCAAGUCCUGGAUGGCUCUCAGCAGCUCUGGCAUCAGCCGCAGUGGCGCCAGCAAUCCCCCGCCGCGGAACGAAGCCUUGGACGAAGCACCGAAGAUGCCGUUGGGUGUGAACUCACUUUCCACAGAUGUCGAGGAGGUCAAGGAUGCAGAGUUGACGCCAAACACGGAGGCUGGGCCGGGCGCCUUUGCGGAUGUGGCCAAUGUGGAACUGGAGGAACCCCAAGCGCCUCAAAGCCAUGGCUGGUUCUGCUGCGCGGCCCCCUGAGCCCUGCGCAACGCACGGGGUGCAGGGUGGGGUGAUGUAUGAUUUCUUUCAAUCGGAUCAUG